CUACGAUCUGUCGCCGGUUUCGCGGCCACCACAACAGGCACGCCCUCUUACCGGACCCCCCCUAGUACGAUGCUGACAUCGGCGAGGUCACGACUCGCCAGACGUUGCCGUAUCACAGCGAUCAUCGCCUGGGGGGGUUUGGCGACAUGUCUUCGCUACCAUGGGACAUUCUAGUCUCAUACGCGCUGGCAAUUAACACGUCGAAGAGGAUCCUCCCAUCUUACCUUAAUUCAUGGCAUAUUUUUAUGUCUUUAUGCCGCCGCAAACAUACUCUCUGGUUAACCUCAUACCAUUAUACUUAGGAGGUCGCACAAGCUUUAUUGUAGACCGAAUUCUCAAAUUUGACCUUGGUAUCUACCAUCUAUUUCAUAAAUGGACCGGUCGAGGUUUCGUUGGACUAGGAUUCGUACAUGGAAUAUAUCAGCUUUCUCAAUCUCGGUGGCGGAUGACUCUCCGCGAAAUAUUACUCUGUACACAUAUUAGCCUCGCGAAAACGAGCUCACUAGUGGCUCUGUCUAUGACCAGCGCCUUCUGGGCUAUUCACCUAGGUCAUUCUCAGAACAGGGUUUUAAUACAGAGCUUAAGUAACACCGAAGGAAAUUCAACAGCGGUAUUUAAGGUCUUCAUCAGCCCUAAGAAGACAUGGCAAGUCAAGCCAGGUCAAUACGUUUAUAUUUCGAUGCCUGGUAUCGCACGUCGCCGUUUUGGGUUUCUACAGUCGCAUCCGUAUCUGAUAGCCUGGCAACUACCAAACAAAGACCUAAUCUUGUUGGUAUCCCGACAAUCUGGAUUCAGUAAUCACCUUAUCACCUCUACGCCUCAAUCAACGCUUAUUCUUGAUGGGCAAUAUGGCAGUCCUUAUGACCUCGGGAAUUACGAUAAAGUCAUAUUCUUUGCGCAAGGAAUUGGGAUUGCUGCACAUCUCCUAACCAUUAAAAGUCUACUCUACGCCAACCAUCGAUUGACAGCUCGGAUUAGACGCCUCACUCUUAUAUGGUUUCUAGAAGACAAAGGUAAACUUAAAUAACGCGUCGUAGGUCAGAGAGAAUUGGUUGAUACCUAUCUCAAUGCUCGAUGACAAAGAGAAGAGACAUAUAUUCAACGUCUGCUUAUAUGCACCAUACGAAGCUGAGGGCGAUGUGCAGGAGGGACGUAGAGGGCUUUACGUCAUGCAUGAAAAGCUAGAUUUUUCAAGGACUAU